AAAGAGGUCGAGCUGGAACAGCCAAUCAGAGGGCGAUAGAUUAGCUCGUCAUCUCCAUAGUUCGGCAAUAAGAAAAGUAUAUCUCCAUGGAGAGGAUCGCGAAAUCCAUCUUGAGCCCGAAGUUCUCGACCAUUUUAUCCACACUCAAUUCAGAAGAAAUGACACGCACAAAGAAGAACAAGCCUGGCGCUAAGCAGAGAGAAGAGAAGGCUGUCAAAGCACAAGUCUUCGAAGGUCCAAAGAUUACAGAUGGAAAGAUUCCUCACACGAAGCUCGGCCAGUCGGAAGAUUUCUAUCAUCAAUUUGUCAAGAAACGUCAACCUGUUGUCCUCCAAGGGAAGCCCGAGGAUCUCGAGUUUGUCACCAAGAAUUGGAGCGAUGUCGAUUAUCUACGCAAAACAGCUGGAGAUGCUCCGGUCAAGGUCGAACCCAUGCACAAGGAGAAGAAGCGCUACGGCACGGAUGUCGAGCGUGUUGAUACCACCUUUGGCGCAUUCCUCGACUCAUUGAAGGAAGAGAAGGACGAAUACGACUAUCUCACCACCCAAUACUCCGACGACGAAGACGACAUGUGCGACAGCGACGACGACGAUGACGAUGGAGAGACCAACGAAGGACAAGACAAUGAGAUCAAGAGCGGCACAUUCCCACAGCCCAUUCGUGCCCUUUUGCGCGAAGAGGUCCCUCUGCGUCCCAACGUGAUGGGCAAUCUCGUUCUUCAACAGAUGAACAUCUGGCUAGGCAAGAGCAAGGCUGGCACUAGCUCUGGUCUCCACCACGACUUCCACGACAACCUCUACAUCCUGCUCAAGGGUCGUAAACGAUUCGUUCUCUAUCCUCCCCCCGCCGUUCAUCACCUCGACACCUAUGGCAAGCCCAAGAAGAUCCACCACAAUGGCUUGAUCGCCUACAAGCAACCUGGCGAAGAUGAGGAGGAGGACAAUGAGGAAGAAGAAGACAAUGAAGCCGACCAGAUCAGAGCUGAUGGUCUCGUUGAGAGAGAUGCCGCUGCACUAAAGGUACAGGCCUUGGAAGAGAAGAUGGACAAGAUCGAGGAAAGCGGCGAGAAGAGCAACCUCGAGAAGGUUCAGAAGGAAUAUGGUGACGCCGUAGAGCGCCUGAUGAGGUACCAGACUGCCGACUUUGGCGAGCUGGGCGAAGACGACUUUGACGAGGUUUCGUCAGAGGAAGAGGAAGACCCCGAGGAGCUCAAAGACCAAGUCUUGCGCGACCGUCCUAGCAAGAAGCGUAAGGCUGAUGGAGAGCUUGACGGCAGAGACGCAAAGACAUCGAAGGCAGGCGCCGAAGAUGACGAGGACUCUGAUGCCAACGACGAUGACUCUGAUGCCGAUCUCCUCGAAGCACUAGAGAGAGCGCAGAAUGGGCAGCUCGACGACCUUGACGACGAUGAAGAUGCCUCCGACAUUGACCUCGAAGAAGCCUUCGCGAACGCACAAGGUGAAGACGUUCCCUCAGAACCUCUUUCCUUCUCCCAGAUCUCUACACAAGAACUGCACUCCCACCUCGGCCUGACUUCACCACAACAGACCUCUGCUGCGCUCGAGAAGGCAGGAAAACCAUACAUCGUGGACCUCAAGGCUGGAGAAAUGCUUUAUUUGCCGACCAGUUGGUUCCAUGAGGUUACUUCAUUUAGCGAUGAGAGCGACGACAACAUUCACAUUGCUUUGAACUACUGGUUCCACCCUCCAGAUGGUUCGUCAGGAAAGUUUGAGCACCCUUAUCAAGACGUUGCUCUCUGGGAGUUCAUGGAGGAGAAGGUGAAGAGCGCCUAUGACAGUCUUGUCGGUGAUAAGGAGGAGUAAGAAUGUGGCUGAGAUACCCCUGACACGAUAUAUUGCAAUCACAAAAAGCAACAACGAGCUGUAGCAAGGCAUAAUUAUAUCUCAUAUCGACAAUCCGACGCAGAGAAUCGCUAGAAAGACGUAUCC